UUGGCCACCAAAAACUAAAUCCCUAAAAGCUGCUAGCAAAUUUCAAUCUUCACCCAGAAAUUCCUUUGUAGAUCUCCCUCUAGAUCAAAUCUUUUUCAAUCCCAUUGAAAAAAAAAUUCAAUCUUUACCAUCAAAAAGUUCAAAUCUUUGCAAUUUUCCCAAUCAAAAACAUCAAUUUUUACACUUUUCCCCAUCAUCCUCACCUUUCUCUCCUGUAUUUCUCUUCAUCUCGCUCCACGAUUCCCAGAUUCGUUCAAUUUUCGGUCUUUUGCUUCAGAUCUUGGCGGAUUGCUUAUUGCUGUUUGACUUAUAAUCUCUUGCAUCCAUGGCUACAAGUUUCCUCAACAAGCGAGAGAUUGGAUAUAGAGAACCAAUAUGGCCAUGGUCUUUGAGGGUAGAAGACUGUUUGUUUUGCUGCUGGUUUAUUGUCCUGCAUACUUCAUGGCUUCCUUGGAUAUGUCUCUUGAUGAUAUGAUAAAAAGUAGGAGAAAUAAUGAGAAAGGAGGUAGGGGACAAGGCAGGGCCCGACGAGGAAGAGGGCAAGGAGGAUCAGUUAGAGGUGGAAGAACAACAGGAGCUCUUCGUAAAGGGGCACUUGGUGUAAAUGCUCGGCCAUCUGCCAACAGAAUUGCCAAGUCUUUCCACAGAACCAAGAAUUUGCCAUGGCAGAAUGGUUUGCUUGAAGAUAGUCUUAGAGCUGCAGGGAUAUCGUCAGGGUUAGAGAGUGGCACUAAGGUGUAUGUAUCUAACUUGGAUGUCGGAGUGACAAAUUCAGAUAUAAGGGAACUCUUCGCCGAGAUGGGUGAACUGAUACGAUAUGCUAUCCACUAUGACAAAAAUGGACGUCCAAGUGGCUCAGCUGAGGUGGUUUUCGCCAGGAGGAGUGAUGCAUAUCAAGCACUUAAAAGAUACAACAAUGUUCAGUUGGAUGGGAAACCUAUGAAGAUAGAAAUUGUUGCUCCCAAACCGGACAUUCCUUUAUCAGCUCGUGUAGAUGUUGGACGAGCAAAUGGAAGGAGGACUGUUGUCAUGAUGCCGGGCUCAGUUCGUGGAAGGGGUGGUGCAUCUGCUGCUAAUCGUGGUUCAAGUCAAAGGGGCCACGGUGGCUUGGGUAAUGCAUCAGGACGAGGCCGCGGUCGUGGACGUGGAGGACGCGGUCGUGGUGGUAGGGGUAGGAAGAAUGGCGUUGAGAAGUCGGCAGAAGAUCUUGACAAGGAGCUGGAAAACUAUCAUGCUAGUGCAGAUGCUAUGCAAACCUAAUACAGUGGUGCACUUUCAAGAACUGCAAGAACAUUUGCUGUAAAGUUUGCUGACUGCUAUAGUAUUUUUUUUCUGAUACUUUCGGAGGAUGCUAGUUUUUGGUUUUAAUGGUUUGUAACAUGAAUAGUAGAACGUCGAUGUGAGUUAGUAUAAUGACUAUAUGGUAGCUUUGUUGCUUUAUUUUGUUUGUGUCCGUCCAAGUAUUAACCAUGGAUCUGGAACUAACUAGCAAAGCAUUUGCUUGGAAAAGUGAAUAUGGUGAGAAAAUUGAACUUCAAUGUU